AUGAAAUUGGACAAAAUGGUGGACGCAAUGGUGCCUGUGACACGAGACCCAGGCCUGAGCCGUGCAGCAGACUCGACUGACCUCUCACACAGCAUUUUAACCAGACUGAAAGCGACCUUUGCCCGCUUCUGGGCCACCAUGGAGGAGAGGAUGACGCACCCUGUUGCAGUCCUGGCAGGGAACGAAGGAGUGAGAUACUGCAAAGGGAGGCCUCAGGGGCCCUUUGUGCAGCAUGCUAUUGCCCUGGCAAGUGUCACUUCGGUCCCCAACACUCCCACACUGAGACCCAUUCGGAGACUCACCCUGCUGCAAAAGCCACAACAACGGUGA